AUGACAUUCAAAGUGCCUACCGAUAGAAAUGGUCCUGAAGCACCCCCUACAACAUCUAACGCGAUGUCCAAAAAGCUAUCACUAAGACAACAUCUGUGCAUCGGAUUCCUAGGCGGCAAGAAAUCAAGCAAAAAGGAUAAUUUCCAUGAAAGUUUUCCUACAAUAGAUGAGAAUAAGCUCUCAUCUACGGCUGCUCCUAUAGUUGGUCAAUUCAAUUAUGGUGCUCUUAAUCAUGCCUGCGCUGGCAAAAAUGUCAGGCUCACAGACUCUGUUUCAGAUGCAAACAUGACAACCCGACAAAUUCGUGAGCAUCGAAUGAGGUCGCACCGCAUUUUAAAUCAAAUCGCUCGGGUGUCAUGGUCAACAGGCCCCUUACGUAAAAGAAGAAGAGCAGCAUUGAUGCUAAUUGCUGUUGUGACAAUCUUUUUCAUCUGCUACUUGCCCAUUCAUCUGUUGCAGAUAUUCAGGUAG